UUUCAAAGUAGUUCAACGGUUUUUGAAGACGUUUCAUCAGUCCGGUGUCUUGUUGAAUUUUAUCUUAAAAUUUGGAUAAAAAUUAUCAUUUUGAAAUUAAUAUCAGGCCGUGCAACUUCCAAAGUAACCACAAUUCAAUCAAAACGGCCACCGCCGUUUAAUUAAUUACUUCCAUAAUGGCGCCAACAAGGUUGGCAUCGAAGCCGAUCGGCGUCAAUGAGAACUUGAAUGGUUUACUGGGGCAUGGGAUAACAACGAGGAGUAAGCAAUUAGCUUCUCUGAAGACUCACAAGGACACUUUGAAGGGUCCAAAUAAGAGGAAAGCCGAUAGCCCCUUGAAAGAUGUUACUGCAAAGCGGGCGGCGUUUGGGGACAUCACAAAUGCCUUCAACAAGACCACCGCGUUCCAGGAUAAGGACAAAGUCAUGGGGCUGAAGAAGGUUACUGUGGAGAGCAAAAUACUCCCAAUCGUUAAGAGUAUCAAACCACAGACAACCACAUUGAAUGGUAAGACCUCAAAGGCAAAAACUCUGCAGCGAGUGGCCACCAAUGCCAUAGACGCUGUGCAGAAGCACUUUGCCAAGGAUCCUCCUAAGCCAGUAGCAACUCGGGCACAGAAUGGCAUCCUCAAGAACAUUGAACAGAAAAAAGACAAGAGUCUUAAUCAGAACCAAAGUCAGAACUCUGCAAAAUCUGCGAGGAGUGAUGUGUCUGAACCAUCACUGUAUAUGACAGCUUUAGAAACUACCAGCCCCUCAGAAACCUCCAAAGAGGAAUACAAGACAAUAAGUGAGAAGCUAGACAAGGUAAACCUUGAUGACACAGUCCGUUCCCUGGACGAAGAGACUGAGGAGCCUCACAAGACACCCUCGGAUGUCGCAGACUUUGACAAGGAGAACUGGAAUGACCCCUUCCAGGUUUCCAACUAUGCUAUGGAUAUAUUCAACUAUUUGAAGAGCAGAGAACGCCUAUUCCCCAUCGAUGACUACCUGCAGCGGAUGAAAGGGAUCACGGCGUGGAUGCGGGCACUGCUCGUGGACUGGAUGGUGGAGGUCCAGGAGAGCUUCGAGCUGAACCACGAGACUCUAUACCUGGCCGUCAAGCUGGUAGAUCUGUUCCUCACCAGGUCCACGAAGACGCAGCCAGAGAAGGACCACCUCACGAAGGAAGAACUGCAGCUGCUCGGAGCGUCUGCACUGUUUAUUGCUUCUAAGUUUGACGAGCGCAUCCCCCCGCUAGUGGAUGACUUCCUGUACAUCUGCGAUGGCGCGUACACGCUGAGCCAGCUGCUCAAGAUGGAGAUGAACAUCCUCCGCGUGGUCGACUUCGACCUCGGCAUCCCGCUGUCCUACCGCUUCCUCAGGAGAUACGCCAGGUGCGCUCGAGUAUCGAUGCCGACGCUAACCCUAGCGAGGUUCGUGCUCGAACAGUGCCUACUGGAGUACAAUCUUCUGGAACAUUCGGACAGCAAGAUGGCCGCCGCCGCGCUAUACCUCGCGCUCAGGAUGAAGUCCAUCGGAAACUGGUCGCCUACCCUACAGUAUUAUACAGGAUACACCGUCAAGGAUAUCCUCCCCAUCGCGAUCGCACAGAACGCGACGCUACACAAGAAACCAAAAUCCGCCAUCAGUACAGUGAGGAACAAGUAUUCGCACACGAUCUUCUUCGAGGUGGCCAAGGUGGCGCUGAUCGACGACGCGGCGUUGUCCAGCUGAGGCAGGCUGCGUGGCGCUUUACAUGCAGUACAGGCUGUACUCAGGUGGGUCCCCAUUCUCUCAUAGAUGCAUUUGUAAAGUUGAGUGUAUAUUAUUCGGGAGGCUAGUGGACGGACGAUGUCUGACUCAAGGCGGUGUACAUAGAAUUCGCGCUUUUUCUGUGUUUUCGUAUUUAUGUAAUUUUAUUUUUUUUGUUGUUGUUUAAUUUUCUAGCUUCAUUACAAAGUUUCUUAUUCUUAAUUGUUAACAUAAAUAACUUUUACGCUUGUGAAUGUAUUCGGUGUCUCGUGAAUUGAUUAACAUUUUGAUUUUUCACAGUGAAUUGUUUAUGAAUUUAAUCGGCAAGAUAGUCUGUGACUUUAUUACUAAUAUUUUUAAUUAAUCGAAUUAACACUAUAUUUUACAGUUUAUGAUUAUAUGUAAUUUUUUAUAACAAAUUAAAGUGAUCUUGCGUCAGACUGAACUCGGUCCGCGCUGCCGUAGACUAAGAAAUCGCAAUCGAUAACUUGUGUUACUUAAUUAUUGUUAUGUGCUGUCGUGUUUGAGAUGUGUGAACGCUUCUAAUGUUGCGAGUAGCUCGUUCACGAGAAAUGAAUCAAAACGGACCAAAAUUCGGACCCUUGAGCGAGCUACAGACGGCCAUCCAAAAAGACCAAUAAAUGUAAGGUGCCACAUUGGCUCAUUAGUGCUACAUUGUAUUUGUAAGUAGUGUGACUAGACAAUUUCCCCCGGGCUUACCACCCCGGGUAGAUGAAACACUGCCAUUAGAUGAACGUGUAGUGGAAAAACUAGAACAAUUAAGAGUUUGUGUUAGCACACGAAUUGUUAGACUAUGGUGUGAGUUGUUUAUGCGAAGUUUAUUUACUUUCGGUAAAUUAAUGUAAUAAAGACUGAAAUGUUUGUUGACAUGAUCAAAUGGAACAGGCUGACCUGGCAAAUUUGUUUGUCAAAUAUGUGCCAUAUAUCGCUAUGGCUGACGAAACUCGGAACAUUUGACUAAGAGGUGAAGCCUCAAUAAAUAACACCAGUUGAACGAAACUAAGUUUCCACAAAACAAAAGCGUUUAAAUUAAAUUAAUAAAAAAAAACUGAAACCAAAAUCUCAUCAUGUCCCGUCUGACCUCAAUAGAAUUUUUACCAAAAAUCAAUGCCUAAUAGUAUCCACAUUCCAAUAUUGUUUUACUUCCGCCUCGCUGCUUAUUAUUUAAUUUAGAAUAACGCUGUCUUCCUAUAGUGAAUUAUAGGUGUUAAUCGGCUAAAUGUAUUAAAAAUGUAUAUUUAUCUGAACUGUACAAAUAUUGAAACACUUUGAUAAUUAAUUUUCCCGGACAGAGAUUUUCGCGUAACUAAUUUUGAAAGUUGUCAAAGUGUAUAUUGUGUACAUGAGCGCUUUCGCUUUUACGAUAAAUAUGCAUACUUAGGUUUCUCUUAUGACUAGGAUUUGUUGAAUCUUUAGGAAUCGUAAGCCUUUGACUGUACAGUCGCGAUCAUAAGUGUUAUGCAUAAAAUUAAAAGAAUCCACAAUGAAUUUAACUACUCGUGCUUUAAUCAUAUCAUUAAGAAAUAGUUUUAACGGUUCUAGAUUUUAUAAUAGGGUGUAUUCUAUCUUUGCGUUACUGACACUUAUGUCCCGACGGUACUGAGGGUUCAACCAGCGCCGGAUGUGUAAACGUUUUUAUACAUAAUAUUAUGUAUUCUUCUUGGCAAGCUUUGCUAAUACUCUUUUAAUUAUAACUAUUAUUAAUGGAUUUUGUAAUGUUUUAAUAUAAUUAAUUUACAUAGUAAUUAUUGUGAGAUUAUUCGCAUCAUUUGUCAUAUGUUUUGUAAUUUAUCACAUUUUAAAGAGUACAAAAUAUUGGAAUGUUAUAAUAAUGUUGUUCGUUUAAUAAUAAGUUUUAGAAUAAUUGUCACUUUGAAAACUGUUUUCUUCUUGAUAACAUUUGUCGUCUAAUUAUACAAGGUUAAUGUAAACUGUGUAAAUAAAAGUGAUUUUGGUUUGGUAA